GCGGUGCUCGAUGACGAGUUAUUGUAGCUAGUCACAGGCCUAACCAACGUGAAACAAACAGUAGUGACACCGGCAUCAGCACACGCCCAUUUGCUGCGAAUUCAUGCCUGUAAAAAGUGACCCACCCUGAUCUCGUUCUCUGUCGUUCCCAAACAAAACAACCACAGAACAGAGCCCCAACUAUGACCAUGACAAACUCCACGAGCAACUCGGCAUCAUCCGAGUCCUCCAUCUCCGUGUCCUCCUCGAACGACGAGCCUUCCGUGCACUCGACCAUCAGCGGCGAGUCGAUCUUGGACGACCACAGACACCAGAACCAGAGCUUGCCGAUCCGGACAGAGUCCCGGCUGCUUGCAGCCAGCCAGGAGCAGCAGCAGAAGGCAAGAACGAACUCCCAGUGCUCGGUCGGCUCCUCGAGACCGUUGCCUCCGAUGCCCGAGAAACCCUCGAAGGUGAACAUCAACUCGAACGUCGACUCGAGAGACUUGCUAAACAGAAUGGUCGCAGACGACGAGUACGACGAGUAUGCUGUAAACUCUACCACCCCGGCGCCAUUGGUCAUCCCGGGCAGGCGCAACUCCACCACAAGAACCAAGUCUUUUAGCGAACAGGUCAAGUCGCUCAUCAGACCAAGAGAGGAAUCUACUAGCGGAGGCAUAUUGCUAGGCUCAAACAGCAACAGCAACAACAACAUGGCCGCUUCUGACGAAGAGCUUUCACAUCACUCAAACAACCUUGUAAAGAUUCCAUCAAGAGCAUCCUCUAAAUCUACCAGAAAGAAGACAAACAGAGAGGGCAAUGACGCUGACAGCGACCUCGACUCGCACGCCUCACGGGAAUCCCAAGAGACUGAAGAGGAUGUUUGUUUCCCCAUGCUGCCGGAACAUGUGAGGAUCAGAGGAAUUGAUUUCGAUGAAAUCGAGGAAUUCAUUGUGGAGCAAAGAGAGGAAAAUGAACGCAUUGCGGAAAGAGAGAAAGAGCUUAAGAUGGGCUGCAGCAACUCAAUUACCACUAGCUCCGAGAAAAUCAGCUCUGCAGCACUCAAGUACAUCCCAAAGCAGCUCAACGCCAGAACAGGUAAUUCUUCCUCUGACCUUUCCGACAAAUCCUUCAAGUCUGAAAAGGACCAUUACGACUCUACAAGCAAUAAACAGGAAGAAGAAUACGAGGAGGCAGAUUUGCCUACAAGGUUCUCAUUCUUCUCUUCUGAGGUGGAAGAGACUAUCCACGCAGCAGACAUCCCCUCCUUGGUUGGUCGUGGUCAUCCAUUUAAAGAGCUCUUUGAGCCCGAAGAUUCGAUCUGGUGGUUGGACUGUACGUGUCCAACCGAUAGUGAGAUGAAAAUGUUGGCAAAGGCUUUUAGUAUCCAUCCUUUGACGGCUGAGGAUAUCAGAAUGCAGGAAACACGUGAAAAGGUGGAGUUGUUCAAGAGUUACUACUUUGUUUCUUUUCACACGUUUGAGACCGAUUCUGAGAGUGAAGACUUUUUGGAACCAAUCAAUGUCUAUAUUGUCGUUUUCAAGUCUGGCAUAUUAACUUUCCACUUUUCGCCAAUUGUCAACCCUGCCAACGUGAGAAGGAGAGUUAGACAGUUGAGAGACUACGUCAAUGUUUCUUCCGACUGGCUCUGUUAUGCGAUGAUCGAUGACAUCACAGAUGGAUUUGCACCUAUUAUCCAGUCUAUCGAGUAUGAAGCAGAUGCCAUUGAAGAUUCUGUGUUUUUGUCUAGGGAGAAUGACUUUGGUCGUAUGCUACUCAAGAUUGGUGAAUCGAGAAGGAAGGUGAUGACUUUGAUGAGAUUGUUACAGGGUAAGGCCGAUGUGAUCAAGAUGUUUGCUAAAAGAUGCCAAGAUGAAGCUGCCAGCAUACGGAUCAAUGGAUUCAGCAACAAUAAUUCACAGGCACAACCUAGUGCCGACAUUGCACUAUACUUGGGGGAUAUCCAGGAUCAUAUCAUCACCAUGUUUCAAUCGUUGUUAUCGUACGAGAAGAUUUUCAGCAGAUCGCAUUCGAAUUAUUUGGCCCAGUUACAGGUCGAGUCGUUCUACUCUAACCUCCGAGUGACAGACAUGUUGUCCAAGGUUACACUUCUAGGUACGAUCCUAGUUCCGAUGAAUUUGGUUACGGGGUUGUUUGGAAUGAACGUGAAAGUUCCCGGUCACGGCCAGUCAAACUAUGGCUGGUUUGGAGGGAUCAUUGGGUUCAUUUUCCUCCUGGUCACUGUGCUAGUUAUCGGCGCGUCGUACUAUCUGAGAUAUGUUGAGCGGAAUGCCAGCAGCCAGGUUUUCUCCUCCGGAAUCAGCAUGAAGAGCUUUGGUUUCGGCAGGAAGAAGAACAAGCAGCGCACGGGCGCCGGCAAUGGCCGGGACGAUGCAGUCAGUUUGCCCACCCGGUUCACACGGUACGGCGAUUGGUGA